GCGUGCGCACCUCAAUGUGUUUCCUAGGACGUUAAGGACAAUAUUACCAGACUGAGCAACUAAAAAAUUUCUGAAUACAGUUCCUGUGCGCAGGAGCAAUUGUGUAGGGAUUUAGAGGGAUUUUUAUUCUAGCGCUGGAAUACCACGAAAAUGACGCGAAAAUGCUUAGCGGUCAUAAAUUACGGGUCCCUUUGAUGUAUCGCAUAGAAAGUAGCUCAUAGUUAAACAACUCUUGGGACAGCGCAAGCCUGUAUAGGUUGCGGGAGUAUCGUCAGCACCGACACCACGAACAACAUCCGCCUCGACUGAUGCGUUUCUUAAAUAAUUUCUCCCUGGUCUCCAUUUUCGGCAUCGCAUUGGCGGAGGCUGCAGAAGGCAAUUGCCUGGGAGGCGAUCUCCGUUUAAUCCUCGAGGCUGUGGUAUCCGGGUAGAUGUAAAUUAUCUCUGGGGGUUGGGAUCCUUUUCGCAGCGUAGGCCUGAAAUUCGUGUUGUUUUGUUUUAAAUUCAUAAGACUACUAUGAUAUAAUCGCAAUUGUUAUUGUAGGUUAUUAGAUUAUUUUAAAGGUGGCAUAGGCUAUGUAACACUGCCGUCUUAAAAUCAAGAGGGGAGAGGUGACUUGCAAUUGUCAGAUAUCAGAUUGAUUGGAUUCUCUUAUGUGGGCCAUCAUUAAUUUGCAUUUCAGUUUGAUAUUUCCAUCUGACACAAGCGUCGAGGACACGUGUCGGUAGCAUUAUGCCUGUCAUUCAGUUAGACAGAUAGACACUAGGGGUGGGAGGGGAAUUCUCACAGUCUUACUGUAACGUUGCACACGAAACAAGUUAUCCGACUUCUGAAUCAGAACUGGGUAUAGGCAGCAAGCUCUGUGCUAUCUAUGCAUGCAACGUCAUGAUUUGAAUUCGCCUGACAGAUGUUAGCGUGUUCUAGUUGCAUGUUCGUGUUCUGCAGUACACGCUCUUUAGAUGAGACGUAAUUCUUGGCUACAGUCGACCACUGGUACAACCAAUGAUUAGUCUUCUAUUGAUUGUCAUUUCUACAUAAUAAUAAUAAUAAUACAGAACAGCACAGACAUGAUACCAGGCGGUCCUUCAUCUAUGCUCCCUUCAUCGGAAGCUGCUAAAUUAUACCAGACUAAUUACGUCAAGAACUCUCGUUCCAUCGGACUUUUGUGGGCCAUCUUCACCAUUCUUUUCGCGAUCAUCAACGUGAUCAUCUUCAGCCAGCCCUACUGGAUCGGGGAUGGCGUGGACACGCCACAGGCCGGCUUCUUUGGUCUCUUUCACUACUGUAUCGGAGAGACAAUCGCCAGAGACCUAACCUGCCAAGGCACCUUCACUGAGUUCGCCGCUAUCCCCUCCACCGCCUUCAAGGCCGCGUCCUUCUUCGUUGGUAUGUCGAUGUCGCUGGUCAUCACCUGUAUCGGCUGUUUCGUCCUCUUCUUUGUCCUGAGCACGUCCACCGUUUACAAGAUUUGCGGCUGGAUGCAGGCCUCCUCAAGCGUGUGUCUGGUGCUGGGAUGCAUGAUCUACCCCGACGGCUGGGACUCGGACGAGGUGCGGCGGAUGUGCGGCGAGAGGACGGACAAGUACAGCCUGGGCGCCUGCUCGGUGCGCUGGGCCUACAUCCUGGCCAUCAUGGGCAUCCUGGACGCCCUCAUCCUCUCCUUCCUGGCCUUUGUCCUGGGCAACCGGCAGGACGGCCUGAUGUCUGAGGAGCUGCUGGCCGAGAGCAAGGAGGCAGGAAAUGCGUAGAACAUUCCACUGCUGUGUGUGUUUCCCAGUGUGUGCUCAUCACAACCAGAUCCCAUCAUUUCCCCUGAGGAGGAAGUCUGACCAUGGCUGUGUAUGAGAGGGAGAGGACCAAGAGAGACAGAGAGAAAGAAGGAAAGAGAGAGAGAGAGAGAGAGAGAGAGAGAGAGAGAGAGAGAGAGAGAGAGAGAGAGAGAGAGAGAGAGAGAGAGAGAGAGAGAGAGAGAGAGAGAGAGAGAGAGAGAGAAAAAAGUAAUGCUAUGGAGCCAGCCAUCCAGUCAGCCAGCCAGCCAGCCCGUCCCAUCCAACCAGCCAUCCAACCAGCCAUCCCCCAGCCGGCCAUCCAGCCAGCAUCCCAGUGAUAUCUACUCCACACCAACCCUCUAGAUGGAACCUGGUCUUCACACAGCCCUCUGUGCUCUGUCUGGGCUUGUCUACCGGCCUUUAGACAGAGACCACAGCUCUCCACAAACCCCUUACUGAUAACCCUAACCCUUCGGAGCAUAGACCAAGCCAGUACCAGAGACUUUGACUGAGUCACCAUGGUUUAUCUACAUUAUGAUGAACAAGUUUGAAAAACAUUGCAAGCAUUGUAGAUCCCCACCACCACCACACACACACACACACACACACAAACUCAUAUGUAUGCACACCAAAGUAGGUAGGCACAAUCAAACACAUACAUAGUACACACUUACACACAAUAUCCUCAAACACUUACACUGUAAUUAUAACAUACCCAUUAUGCUAUCACGUUCAACAACAAUAGCUCGAUUUGUGUGCCACUGCCUGAAUAUGUGUUAUGUUUUAGUUGUAUAAAAUAAGGAAUCUUCUUAUUCUCAUGUAAUAUUUAGUGGAACUUUAUUAUAUUUCAUAUGUGGACUACAAAGAAAAUGUGUCUGGUUGCUCUCCUUUUAACUCAUGUGAAAAUCCAACCCUGUAAUCCAUCCUAAUAUUAUAUUAUUAUAGAUAAUACCAACAACAAAAAAAUAAUAGUUUUACUAAGUUGGGUCUGAAACAUGUAAAUAUAAAAUCAGAGAGAUUUUUGUUUGUAAGCCCAUCUAAAAAGCCUGUCCUGCUUGUUUUGCACAGCACUGUCGUUGAGGAGAAUCUCAGUAUUUUGUAGUUUAUUGUCUUCUCAUCACUGUGAUGGGAUCAUAUGUGUAUACUGAAUAUGGGCAUGUCUGCUCCAUAACUAGCAGCUGCUGUGUGUCUCAAUGUGUGUGUGUGUGUGGUCUGUCUACACACCCACCUCUUCUCACAGUCAAAAGAGUUCCAGACCAUAAACCUUCUCUUUUUCAUUCUCUCACUUUCUUCUCUCUCUUCUUUCUUCCUCUAUCAACAAAGGGGCAUACAGGGUAUGAAAGGAGCGGGUGGUAUGUGCAUGCGAGGUGUUACAAACCUUGGGAGAAGAGAGAGCUGAUGAGUGAGAGUGUGUGAGAGAUAGAAAAAAGAGAGAGAGACAGAGAGCUUUAGUAUAAACACUUUAGAAAGGCCUAUCCCAGUCUAAAAAUGUAAAUUGUAUGUACCAGAGUAAAACAUUAUCAUAUAGAUACCAAACAUAUAGAGACUAGGGAAAGGGAGGGUAAUUAACAACAAUAAAGUUAUUAUAUUAAUAUGAUUAUAAUUAAUAAAGAUUUUCACUGUAC